AUGGCCUCUCGCUGGCUCACCCUGCUGCAAUGGCUUCAGUGGGAGAUACAGGCUCCUCAGCCUAACUCUGUUGCUCCCCAACAUCACCCCCAUCCCUAUCUCUCCCCAGGCUUGCGCACCUCUGUGCUCCUGGCUUGCACCCUGCUCUGCCUGCCAUGGCCUCAAGAGGUGGCUGCCUUCCCGGCCAUGCCCUUGUCCAGCCUGUUUGCCAACGCCGUGCUCAGAGCCCAGCACCUGCACCAGCUGGCAUCCGACACCUGCAAAGAGUUUGAGCGUGCAUACAUCCCCGAAGGCCAGAGAUACUCCCUCCAGAAUGCUCAAGCUUCCUUCUGUUUCUCGGAGACCAUCCCAGCCCCCACAGGCAAGGACGAAGCCCAGCAACGAUCCGACAUGGAGCUGCUCCGCUUCUCCCUGAUGCUCAUCCAGUCCUGGCUGGGGCCCGUGCAGUUCCUCGGCCGAAUCUUCACCAACAGUCUGGCCUUUGGCACCUCUGAUCGCUUCUACGAGAAGCUCAAGGACCUGGAGGAGGGCAUUCAGGCCCUGAUGCGGGAGCUGGAGGACGGCAGCCCCCGGCCUGGCCAGAUCCUCAAGCAAACCUAUGACAAGUUUGACACCAACCUGCGCAGUGACGAUGCUCUGCUCAAGAACUAUGGGCUGCUGUCCUGCUUCAAGAAGGACCUGCACAAGGCCGAGACCUACCUGAGGGUCAUGAAGUGCCGCCGCUUCGUGGAGAGCAGCUGCACCUUCUAG